AUGGCAGACGCAGCUGCCAAAAUGAAGAUGAGUGCUACACCUCCAGGUCAAUUCGAUAUUGUCCAAACAUAUCAUCAACUUCUCAGAGAAGACCCCGAUAUUACCAUGCCAGUCGCUGCAAUAGAAGCACUUAUACAUCUCCUAUCCAUAACUCAAAUCACAACGAUCUAUGAAACGCUCGAUCUCAUUAAUACUCAGAGCGCCCAGCUUAAGUCUCAUGUAGCGAAUCCAAUCUCUCUUUCUGCUGGUACGGAUCUAUUUCAGCGGUAUUUACUUAAUUCGCUAAAGCCAGCUUCGGGAGGGAGCAACUUUGAGAAUGUAAGACAACAUUUACUCAGCAACGGUCGGCUGUUUGUCAACCGAGCCAAAGCAGCGCGUGAGCGGAUUGCACAAUGUGGUGCAGGAUUCAUUGCGGAUGGUAACGUAGUGCUCACACACGGAGGAAGUAGAGUGGUAGGCCAGCUUCUCAGCAAGGCAGCUGAGGUUAAUAAACUAGGUGGAAAUGUACGAUUUAAGGUCAUCUACUUGAUGAAUGAGCCUCACACAUCAGAAUCCCGAGCUAUGAUCUCCAACCUGAGAGUCAAAGGUGUACCAGUAGCAACUAUAAGCGAAGGUGCGGCAGGAUACGCGAUGGGAAUGGUAAGCUUGGUGAUGGUCGGUGCAGAGGGAGUUGUUGAGAACGGAGGCAUCAUCUCCCGAUUAGGUACCUAUCAGAUUGCUUUACUCGCAAAGGCGGCCGGAAAACCAUUCUAUGUCGCAGCGGAGAGUCAUAAAUUUGUGAGAUUAUAUCCACUGGGUCAAUACGAUCUUGGAAUCGAACAAAAUAUCAUCAAGUUCGAAACAGAGGAUAAUAUACCGCCAUGCACAAGUGAACCUUCAAAUAUAGAUAAUACGGUGGCGAGAUCUCUAGUGGACUUCACACCCCCUGAUCUUAUCUCGGCUUUAAUCGCAGAGACAGGUGUUCUAACACCUAGUGCUGUCAGUGAAGAGCUGAUCAACGUUUGGUGUUGA